AGCAAUGUGAAGCAAUGAAAACAGGACAUAGGCACUAUACAGUCAAGGCAUUAAUUAAUACAUCAUCUAGAGCAAAUAAAAUUAGCAGAAGCAUAGCCGAUAGGCUUGAAAAAAAAUAUGGUAAUCUUUAUAAGAAUAAAAAGGUGAAAAACUCAUUAGGUUAUCAAAAAAUUAUGCAAAGUGCCUCACAACCAUGUCGAUCUUAUAUUAGGCUUAACAUGGCUACAACUUCGUGA